UUUGACACUAGAUGCUCCACAUAUGGGGCAAAAGCACUAGGGUAGCUCUAUAGUGACAUUUAUCUAUUCUAUUAGGAAAAAAAUUAGAAAAAGAACGCUUUAAAAAAAUGGCAAUUACUGAGGAAGAAGAGAACUUGAUAAAUCAUUUGCCAAAAUGUUAUACAAAGGGUGGUCUCAAAACAAUGCCUUUCAUCAUAGUCUUCCUUUUAGGUUCUUCUCUGUAUAUCAAAGUUAAUGCGAGUGAAAGCUUGUUCACUGGAUUCUUUGAAGUACUUGUUGCGGCUGUUAGAAAAAGAAAUACCAAUCUUCACUCUGUUAACCAUGAAAAUUAUUAUCAUCAAUCGUCCGAUUCUGAGAUUCAAGCCUGGACAAACAACUUCAGAUAUAAGCUUGCACAAUUGAAGAUCCUGAAAGAGAUAGAAAUAAAUCCUGAUGGAUUCGCUUCAAAUCCAUGGAGACUCUGUAGUGUAGAACAAGUAGUAUCUUUGAAGUCUCUUCUUAGAGUUGUUCCCAUGUGGUCCAGCAACAUUAUGGUUCAGUUGAGCUUAAACCAAUUUUCGUUUUCCACACUUCAAACAAAGACAAUGGAUAGACAUAUCUUUUCGGAUUUUGAAAUACCAGCCGGAUCUUUUUCUGUCUUUAUAAGCACACUAAUAAUAUGGAUUGACUUCUAUGGUCGUGCUUUCGUGCCAAUGAUGGGAAGACAUACAAGACAGCCAGGAGGCUUAGUUCUCUCUUCUGCAGCAAUGACACUUUCAGCUAUAACAGAAGGCAUAAGGCGGCACAUAGCAAAUUAUGCAUCAGUAAACAUGUUGGCUAUGUGGUUCAUGCCACAGUACGUGCUUCUUGGACUAGCUGACGCUUUCAACGCAAUCUGAUUGGUAGAGUUCCUUUACUCUGAGCUUCGAAAAGCAUGUCUAGUUUUGUUGUGGCUAUUUUCACACUUGGGAUGGCUGUAUCUCGCUUUUUUGGGAGUCUUGUAGUGAAUGUUGUGGAUAGUGUUACCUCAUGUGGAGGUGGAAUCAGCUGGUUGUCAAGUAAUAUUAACAAGGGUCACUUAGAUUAUCACUACUGGUUACUUGCUUUCUUCAAUAUUAUUAACUUCCUUUAUUUUCUUCUCAUUUGUCGAUACAAUUAUCCUGACCAGGAAGUCGAAGAAAAACAAUCCAAAUACAGUAAUCAGGGAGCUUGAUAUGUAUCUGAUACUAUCUGUUGUUGUACUAGAACAUAUGUAUAUGUUAAUUAUCAACUGAAACUGGAGAAUCUUCUUUCUCUGCCUUAAUUAAAAAUUCAGCUAGAUCUUUUGUUCUC